AUGUUAGCAGCGUCAGACACAUACAAAGAGCGCACAAUAACCUCGUUUCACUUUCAGCCCCAAGACAGCGGGUCAACAGAACAAGAGGUUACAUUUCCGGCUGUAGACUGUAGAACACGCCAGUCUCUAGCAAACAGAUAUACAAGCUACUAG